UUUAUUGCGUAAUACGCGCAAGCCACGUCUUUAAUGCAAACGCACAGAUGAAAAUAUCAAUAGUCGAUAGUUUACCAAUCGAGUAAGAACCUCGGCAGUUUCUCUCGGCGAUCCUCGUUGGCGAUCAGCUGCAAAAUGGCGAGUGCCAUAGUGCGUUGUUUUCAGAUUCCGAGGAGACAAUUAGGUCUCCUCGGAUCGUCCUUAAGCAGUCAACAGCAGCAGAGAGCUUUCGCCAAUGCUGCUCCCGAAGGAAAGAAACAAGGUUCACCCUUGUCUGAUCAAGAUCGUAUCUUCACGAAUCUCUACGGCAGACACGACUGGAGGCUGAAAGGCGCCAUCAGCCGUGGUGAUUGGCACAAGACCAAGGAGAUACUGGACAAGGGCGCUGACUGGAUCAUCAAUGAAAUCAAGGUUUCUGGCUUGAGAGGACGUGGUGGUGCUGGUUUCCCCUCUGGCAUGAAAUGGUCCUUUAUGAAUAAGCCGUCGGAUGGCAGACCCAAAUAUUUGGUGAUCAAUGCUGACGAGGGUGAGCCAGGCACUUGUAAGGACCGUGAGAUUCUGCGUCACGAUCCGCACAAGCUCGUGGAAGGUUGCCUGAUCGCUGGUCGCGCUAUGGGAGCCUGCGCUGCGUACAUUUACAUACGCGGCGAGUUUUACAACGAGGCGUCCAACAUGCAAGUGGCUAUAGCAGAAGCUUAUCAGGCCGGUCUGAUCGGGAAGAACGCCUGCAAUUCUGGUUACAAUUUCGACAUCUUUGUGCAACGAGGAGCAGGCGCGUACAUCUGCGGCGAGGAGACCGCUCUGAUCGAGUCCAUAGAAGGCAAGCAAGGCAAACCGAGGCUGAAGCCACCGUUCCCGGCCGACGUCGGCUUGUUCGGUUGCCCCACGACCGUCACCAACGUGGAAACAGUAGCGGUAGCACCCACAAUUUGCCGCCGAAGUGGAGCAUGGUUUGCCUCAUUCGGACGCCCGCGCAAUCACGGAACCAAGCUCUUCAACAUCUCCGGCCAUGUUAACAAGCCGUGCACCGUCGAGGAAGAAAUGUCUAUCCCGCUGAAGGAGUUGAUCGAGAGGCAUGCGGGCGGUGUAAUCGGCGGAUGGGACAAUUUGAUGGGUGUCAUUCCUGGCGGCUCUUCUACUCCCGUCAUCCCCAAAAGCGUAUGCGACACCGUAUUGCUGGACUUUGACGAUCUCAUCAGAGUGCAGAGUUCCUUCGGCACAGCAGCAGUGAUUGUGAUGAACAAGCAGACGGACAUAAUCAAGGCCAUUACCCGCCUGAUAAGCUUCUACAAGCAUGAAUCUUGCGGUCAGUGCACGCCUUGUCGCGAGGGUAUCAGCUGGAUGUAUAAAAUACUCAAAAGAUUCGUGGAAGGUAACGCCGAGAUGCACGAGAUAGACAUGCUAUGGGAAUUAACGAAGCAAAUAGAGCUACACACAAUUUGUGCGCUGGCGGAUGGCGCUGCGUGGCCAGUACAGGGUUUGAUCAGGCACUUCAGGCCGGAAAUCGAGGCUCGCAUGAAGCAGCAGAAAGAAGUCGCGUUCAGCUAAAGAGCCGAAUACGAGGAAUAGCAGAAGCUAGGUAUGAGAGUAUGAUAGAAAAGGAGACGACAUCCUAGAGAGCAGUCCCUGUAAGAUUUUAUAUUUAUUUUUGCUGUAUAUAAAUGAACUUAUACACGCGGUCUUAGUCGCGAUUCUCUCGUGCAACAAUCGGUUCGUUGAACCCGGCACAACGUCCGCCGCUGGUUCGACCCUAUAUAAUAAAAAGAAUAUAAGAAA